AUGACGGACAAAGCAAUUGGUGAUUUCGGCCUCAUCGGUCUGGCCGUUAUGGGUCAAAACCUCCUCCUGAAUGUUGCCGAUCAUAAGGAAUUCAACGUCGUGGCUUUCAAUCGUACCGUGGCCAAGGUCGAUCGAUUUAUGGACAAUGAGGCAAAAGAUUAUAAAAACAUCGAGGGAGCUCAUUCCAUGGAAGAGUUCGUGCUGAAGCUCAAGAAACCCCGUCGCAUCAUGCUUCUUGUCAUGGCCGGCAAGCCAGUUGAUGACUUCAUAACCGCUCUACUACCUUUUGUCGAAAAGGGUGAUAUCAUUAUCGACGGCGGGAACUCUCACUUUCCUGACACCAAUCGCCGAACACGAUCAUUAGCCGAGAAGGGUAUUCGAUUCGUUGGCACGGGUGUGUCUGGUGGCGAAGAAGGUGCUCGUUACGGGCCCAGUCUUAUGCCUGGUGGCAAUGAGGAAGCAUGGCCCUAUAUCAAGGAUAUAUUUCAAUCCAUUUCUGCCAAGAGUGACGGUGAGCCUUGUUGUGACUGGGUAGGCGACCAGGGUGCUGGUCAUUAUGUCAAGAUGGUCCACAACGGCAUCGAAUACGGAGACAUGCAACUGAUUUGCGAGGCAUACGACAUCAUGAAGCGCGGCUUGGGCCUCUCUGCGAAAGAGAUGGCGGAUGUGUUUGCGGAAUGGAACAAAGGUGUCCUCGAUUCUUUCCUCAUUGAGAUAACCCGUGACGUUCUCCGAUUUGACGAUGACGACGGUACACCAUUGGUGGAAAAGAUUCUGGAUUCCGCGGGCCAGAAGGGUACAGGCAAAUGGACAGCAAUCAACGCUUUGGACCUUGGUAUGCCCGUGACCUUGAUUGGCGAGGCUGUCUUCGCAAGGUGCCUGAGCUCUCUCAAGCAAGAGCGUGGCCGUGCGGCAGGAGUACUUGCCGGCCCGACGCCUAAAUUCGAUGGAGACAAGAAAAAGUUCCUCGCCGACCUCGAGCAAGCUUUGUACGCCUCGAAGAUCAUCUCCUAUGCUCAAGGUUUCAUGUUGAUACAGAACGCUGCCAAAGAAUACAAGUGGAAGCUCAACAAACCUUCAAUUGCACUUAUGUGGCGUGGUGGCUGCAUUAUCCGAUCAGUGUUCUUGAAGGACAUUACUUCUGCAUACCGUAAGAACCCAGACCUUGAGAACUUGUUAUUCGACGACUUCUUCAACAAAGCCAUCCACAAGGCUCAAGACGGCUGGAGGGACAUUGUCAGCAAGGGCGCGUUGUGGGGUAUACCUACACCCGCUUUCAGCACUGCUCUUAGCUGGUAUGAUGGGUACCGCACGAAGGACCUCCCAGCAAAUCUUUUGCAGGCGCAGAGAGAUUACUUUGGUGCCCACACAUUCAGGAUCAAGCCCGACCAUGCCAGCGAGAAGUAUCCUGAAGGUAAGGAUAACCACGUCAAUUGGACCGGCAGAGGCGGCGAUGUGUCGGCGUCCACCUACCAAGCAUAG